GGUCGCCCAAAAUUGUGGACAAGGCCUCAUUCCGCCGCGCGGGGCGGUACGAUACUCCGAAUCGUCACUCAGAAGCCAUCGGGAAGAGGAGCCUGGCGGACGGGGGAGCUCGGGGCCGAAGCCGAGGUGGAGAGGGGGCAGGGCGGCUGAAGCCGCCGGCGGCCAAAGGGGCCCGGCCUCCAAGGAUGGAAGACGAUGGCGGAGGAGGAGGAGGAGGGGGCAAGCAGGCCGGAGAGCAGCCGGCGCUUGGCUCGGGCGCCAACCCGGUGAGAGACAAGGGCACGCAGACCGGGGAGAAGCCGUUCAAGUGCGGUGACUGCGGCAAGGGCUUCGGCACCCAGUCGGAACUGGAGAGCCACCGGCGCUGUCACACCGGCGAGCGCCCCUUCUCCUGCGUGGUGUGCGGCAAGGGCUUCAGCCGCUCCUCCGACCUGCGGGUGCACCAGCGGGUGCACACCGGCGAGAGGCCCUUCUCCUGCCCCGUCUGCGACAAGAGCUUCACCCGCUCCUCGCACCUGCUGACCCACCAGCGGGUGCACACCGGCGAGCGGCCCUACAGCUGCUCCGUCUGCGGCAAGGGCUUCACCCAGCUCUCCAACCGGCUGCGGCACCAGCGCCUGCACACCGGCGAGCGGCCCUUCUCCUGCCCCGUCUGCCGCAAGGGCUUCACCGACUCCUCCACCCUGCUGCGGCACCGCCGGCUGCACACCGAGGAGCGGCCCUUCGUCUGCUCCGUCUGCGGCAAGGGCUUCACCCGCUCGCCGCACCUGCUGACCCACCAGCGGGUGCACACCGGCGAGCGGCCCUUCGCCUGCUCCGUCUGCGGCCGCAAGUUCACCCAGUCCUCGCACCUGCUCACCCACCAGCACAGCCACAGCGGCGAGCGGCCCUUCCGCUGCUCCGUCUGCGGCCGGGGCUUCGCCCAGCUCUCGCUGCUGCUGGCUCACCAGCACGUCCACGCCGAGAACAACCCCGUGCGCUACCCGGACGAGGAGGAGGAGGAAGGGGCGGGGGCAGGGGUGGGAGGGGGCGCCGGCCCGGAUGCUGGCGGGGGAGAGGCCCCUGGUCCCGCCGUGGCGGCAGCCGCCGCCCCCGCCGCCCUGCUCCUCACCGGCCGCCCCUCCCGUGCCGGCGAGAGGCCCUUCAAGUGCUCGGUGUGUGCCAAGGCCUUCACCUGCCUGUCGCACUUGCUGCGGCACCUGCGGGUGCACAGCGGCGAGCGGCCCUUCCAGUGCAGCGUCUGCGAGAAGGGCUUCACCCAGUCCUCCUCACUGCUCACCCACCAGCGCAUCCACACUGGCGAGCGGCCCUUCUCCUGCUCUGAGUGCGGCAAGGGCUUCUCCCGUUCCUCCCACCUGCUGCGGCACCAGCGGGUGCACGUCUGAAGGGUGGGUGUGUCGGGUGGGGGGUGGGGGGGGGGGGCAGGUGGGGAGUGGGUGGGGUCGGAGAGAAGGCGAGUGCAGGGAAGGAGGGAGCGGGUGUCCACUCCUGUCCCUCUGCCCCGCAGCCGCUCUGCUUGUCUGUUGAUGCUUUUGAUCUUCUGUGCCCAACCAAACUGGCUCGUUUAUUUUAAGCCCCCACCACCACUUCCCCCGCCCCCUUUGGUUUCCCUUGCGGCCUCAAGAGCCCCAGAUCUUAAAUUAUGGGGUGGGAGGGGGGACGGGGAGAGGGUGCGGGAGAACAUGUAGUGUACCUGCCCCGGCACCCACCUUGCAGCUCCAGAGACUCGCGUUUGAUCCCAACCUUGGGCGCUGUCUGUGUGGAGCUUACACGUUCUCGCUGUGAUUUUCCCUUCCCCUCCCCCUCCUCUCCGACCCCCCCCCCCCCCCCCCAACCCCGCAUGAGUUUCCUCCAGGGGCUCCGGAUUUCCUCCCAACGCGCGGGGUUGGUGCGAUAAUUUGGCCGCCGCAGCCUCCCUCUGGUGUGCGGCUGAGGGGUAGAAUCUGUGGGGGGGGGGGAGGGUGGGGGGGGUUGGUGGGUUGUGGGGGGGCGAUCAAUGGGAAUGUGGGGAUUAGUGUAGGGUUCGCUUUAAAGGAUGGUUGAUGGUCAGCAGGGACUCAGUGGGCCGAAGGGCCUCUCUCUGUGCUGUGUCAUUUUAUGACCUCACUCUUGCCCGAGCUGCUACCCUGUCCAUUCUUGCUGCCUCCCCAUUCAUCCCCUCCCUUUCUUCCCGCACCACCCUUGCCCCCACUGCCCCCAUCCUUUGACCCCCCCCCCCCAUUCACCCCACCCUCCUCCUUUCUUCCUGGGUUUCCCCCAACCCUCUUGCCCUCUACCACCACCACCCCCCCCCACCGUCUCCACCCCUUUCUCCCCUGCCCGCUCCCCCUUGUCACCACCCUGCCCCCCUCCCCUUCCUUCAUCCUCCCCGUCCCAAUCUCACCCCCUUUCUUCCCCCCUGCCAACACCACCCUGCCCCACCCCACAGCCCCGCCAUCACCUCCCUCGCCAGGGACGCAGUGGGAUGGCACCUGGGGCCACGGGUCACCAUGGGGGCGAGAGCUGCUGGAGGUGGGGGUGGCCGUGAAGUGCUCCGGACUGAGAGAAGGAAUGCGGAUGGCGAGUGGGAGGCGUGUGUCGGCGUUCGAUCUCCUUGGCGCAGUGGGCCAUUGAUGGGAAAGGGGGGCACGUCUCUCCACUCUGCUCCUCUCACUCUCUUGGGGUGGGUUUCACCACUUCAGCGGGGGGGUCCAGGUGGGAAGGAUCACGCUCCACUAACACAGUCUCGUAGCCUUCGGAGCGAGUUGGGACGGUUACUGUUACCUUGGCUGGGCAGAGAUGGCGUGUGUGUCGAAAUGGAUGACUUUUAACACUGGGGCAUAACUGGGGGUGGGGUAGGGUGUGGGGAGUAGUUCUGCAGAACUGGGGAGAGGCUGAGAGGGUUCAAACCCCCACGGGCUCUCACCCUUGGUUGCAGGGAUUCUCCCGGACUAGGACCCCGAUUGACCACUGAACAUUGACCCGCUGGCCACUCCUCGAUUCGCAAAAAGGGGAACUCUCCCUGGGAGGACUGUUCCUUCGCCAGAGUUUGGCGGAUCACAAAAGAAGUUAAUUACGGGGCAUUUCGGUGUUCAGAUGGGCGGAGAGAGAGAGCUAUUUGCCGGGAGCAAGGGGAAUGGGUUGGGAGGGCGAAGUGAAAGGUCAGUGGCAGCUUUGGGACUUGGGAACACUUGUAAGUCGGGAUUCUGUGGGAUCGGAUUCCAGCAGGCGGGAAGGUUGAUGUCCCAAGCUGUAGGUUUGUUUUACCCACCAGCAGGGGAGAUUGGUGCCAGUGUCUGUGGGGUGGGGUUGUCUCACCCCACAGGAGUGAGAUGGUGAGGUGUCAGUGACCCUGGCGUCAAAAGUUUUCCUGACGUUGACUAGGAUUUUGAACGUCCAUUAAUUCUUUGCGGUAGGCUGCAAAUCUGAGAUAGGUCAGGGGCUUUGGGUAGAUUGAUUUUUAAGGAUCUCUGUAUAUUGUAGAUGAUUUUUUUUUCCUUUGUUAAUCUGGUCCAAUGCCUGGGUAAUGAGUGGGUUGCUGGUGAAUUCUGGGAGAGGGGAGGGGGGGCGGGGGUGGUGGGGGAAGGGGCGCACUCUGUGAAUCGGUGCACGUGGGGGGGGGGGGGAAGGGGGGGGGGAGGGGUGGGGGUGCAUUCCUGGUUCCCACAAGGAGAAGCAGUCUCGGAAGAAGAGCCUUCCAGCCGGCCGGCGCUGCGUUAAAAAUCAGAAUACUGUGGAUGUGGAGGUCUUUGAGGCAGGCAAGAAGAACGGGGCAAUGCUGGAGACAACUCAGCGGACUGUUGGGGAUGGGUGGGGGACAGAAAGAUGAUUCAGGGCCACACGAUUCGUCAGAAGAUGCCUGUGCGAAGCAGCACAGAAAGUGGGAGGAGGGGAAAGAAGAGGAUGCAGGGGAGCAGUGGAAUAACCAAAAGGGCGGUGGUACCACCUUGCCAUGUCGCCGCUUCACCUUCCUGCACUUGUCCUCUGCGCACCUCCCCUUUCCAUCUCUCUGUCCCUCCAGCAUCCCCCCCCAGCCCACCCCUCCCUCCCCCGCCACCUGCAGCCUCGGUGAGGUGUUGAAGCAUCUCUCAGUCCUGGCCUCUCCAACCUCCCCACCACCACGCCCCCCCCCCCCCCCCCCCCCCCCGGUGUGCAAUUCACUUCUGGCGUCGCACCGGCUGUUCUCCGGGCUAAACGGAUCACAAUCCUGUGGCAUGUGCCCCGCACCGCUCCCCUCCUCCCCGUUGCACCGGAAAUUGAACCCAGCCUCGAAUGAGGGUCUGCAGGGGAAGGGAGGGGAGAGGGGGCGUGGAAUGUCUGCUUAACCAUCAGUGUGGCCUUACUCAAGGGCAGGCUGUUAGCUCGCCGGGGGGGGGGGCGUGGUGGGGGGGGGCGGGUGGUGAUGGGGGGUAGACUCCUUCCUGGCCAGCCCAGGCCCACCACGGGCACGUUUGUACAUGGACGAGCUGCUCCUGAAGGCGCAUGUUUCAGCCUGAGCCCCCGCAGCCGGAAGGACGAUGAGGACACCUCCUUCGCUUUAUUUGUUGUUACGGAAUAGAUGCUGUGAAUUCCACCCAAGUAUUGUAAACCUAAGCUUACACUUGCUGUCUGUUUAAGCCUUGUUUCUGUUGAAGCUUACUUAUCAAUAAACUUCCUUUGUAGUUAA